AAUCUUACUGGCCCAGGGAUUGCCAGUCUUAAGUAUUAUCCCGGGACACUUAGAAUGUCGCUUCUUGGUUAGGUAGACUGGCUCGAAGUUGUAAUUCUUCAGAUCUUUGGUCUUCAACCGUCCCAAACCUAGAGGACGACUUACCUUGGCGAUUAGGAGCGGAUGAUCAUGGAAUCAAUGUAUAAUCACCUCUAGAAUGAAUUGCUGAUUACUGGUUCUCCUCUGGACAGUGUCUCCUUUGGACAUCUCGGACGGAACUGACUGGCCCAGGCAGCCGCAAGCCGCCUCAGGCUUGCCAGCCGCCCGCCAUAAUGCAAAUCACCUACGUUACUCCUGCUUACGCUACACUCCUCCUUCACCUUCCUCUAUCUUGUCGUUUUACAACUUGUGAUCUUCGUUGCCUUUACCAUGUCUCCCGACAUCGCUAUGCAUGCUCGGCUGAUGACGCCUUUCAGCUGUCUAUCGCUUGAUCACACCGUGGACUGGAAUGAGGCCGAACAAGGGACGAUGGGCAAGCUCUUCUCGGUCGUCACUUUCUCGCCCGGUGUACACCACAGGGUCAACGCAUCUCUACAAAAAGCACUCCAGAUUGACAUUGGACCCGUCGCAGAUGUCAAAAGCCUGAAGAGUGCGACGGACCAGUGCGUAUCCCGUUUAAGAAACAAGGACCUACGGCGAGAAGUCAAGUACCUCCUCGGCGCUGUCGGUGAAGACCUGCAGGAGCUCGUACGGACAACCGUUGCAGGCCAGGCGUACACGGUCAUGAAUAAUCUAACUGCCGUCAAUUACAUCGGAGGUGGGGCUUACGGCCAGGUCUUUGAGGUCAAGGACUGCAGCUCGCACGCGACGUUUGCGCUCAAGACAGUCGGAAAAUCCGUGCUCGAGGAACCUACUCACCUUGCCAACUUUCAACGCGAGGUCGAGGUGAUGCGGGCGCUCGCAGGGGACGCACGAUUCACUCGUUUGCUUGCAUCCUUCCAGGACGAGAGCAAUUGCUAUUUGCUCAUGCCUUUUUACAAGCGAGGAGACCUAUUUAGCAUUAUCGGGGAGCGCUUUGAGAGUGGGAGGGGAAUCUCAGCCGAAGAGCUCCGUCCACUCUUGGCUGAACUUCUCUCCGCCAUUGAAGCCAUGCACGCUCGAGGAUACGUACAUGGUGAUAUCAAGCCCGAGAAUUUGCUCAUUGGGGACGACAACCACCUCGUCCUCGCCGACUUCGGAUUCGCUCGUCAAAUGACUAAGUCUUCUGCGUUGCACAAUCUCAAGAAGUUCUUCAAGAAGAGCUCACAGAGUCCGACCGCUGGGGCUGGAGGUAGCCCCGAGUAUCUCUCACCUGAGUACUGGAUCGAUGGGUCCUGUGGGUACGAGAGCGACUUGUGGGCAUUCGGUGUCACAGCUUACAUACUAGCUACUGGCCGUUAUCCUUGGGAUGGAGAUAACGAUGCUAUCAAGAUGGUAAAACAAAUUAUUGAAGAACCCGUGUUCUUCCGCCUAGCAGACAAUGUUCAUCGGGAGCUGAAGGAGCUCAUCACCAAGAUGCUCGUAAAGGACAAAACCGAUCGGCUCUCCCUCGAGGAAAUAAAGGUACACCCUUUCUUUAGGCCAAUAAACUGGACCGCUGUUGCGAGGCGGGAGAACGUCAUGCCCGAGAUCAUUCAAUCCUUCAAUCUUCCCUCAAAACGACCAGAUAACGCCAAUGAAUAUCACCUCGGGCCUCUAGCUGAUAAGAAGAAUGAUCCGUUCCCAGGUUUCACUUCCGGCAUUCAGGCUAGGGUACAUGUGAAGGUUGUGCAGUAUGUAUCUGUAGAAGAGACAUCUUCGGAAGAAGACGGAGACUCAAGCAGCUCUUGUACAUCGGGCUCCUCGUCUUCGGGCUAUGGGACAUCAAGUACUCUCGUCGAUAACUCACCUCCCAUAUCGCCACUGCUAGCUUUGUUCGCUUCCACCCCGGCUCCCAACACACCUCCUUCCCCAAUGGAUAGCGCAAAGGCAUACAUACCGCCGAGAAGGUCACACUACCAAGCUUCGAAUGGGAGGAACUCUAGAUCGCGUGUUGAUGCAGCGACAGCGAGGCGUACCGACGGGCGCCGUCGUGGACAGAAUGGACCAAUAUCUCCACUCCUCACUUUACGGCACAUUCCGGGGCUAAUCGAGAUGCUGCCUACGAUGGAAGAGGUCCCGGGCGAGCAUUAUCCCGAGGACGACUCCGCGGAGCAGCCAAACGCUUCUUCCAGUUCCAGUUCGCGGACGGCAAGUUCAACCAUCGACAGUUGCCCAUCGACCCCCAACAACAGCUUAUCCAGCACGAAUCGCACCACGCCUUCACCGCAGACGCUGUGUCAAUUACCCCCCUUUUCCCCCUCGACACCUCUAAGUGUAGGCUCUCUUGCCGCCUUCAUUACGCCGCAGUCAGCGAGUCAACAUCGCCGGAGUCGCAUUUUCCCCUCCUUGCUGGUCGUCUGA